UUUGAAUCUCUUGGUUGAGUUUGAGUCUCCGGGAGGCUGAUGUGAAAGUGAAGAGUUGCGGGAUCGUUUUUUGGGGCUGGAUGCGAAGGAGAGGAACUCGAAAGCUGUUCUCGGGACGCGCUCUUCGAUGACCUGUCUUGCUGGACGCGGAAGGGUCCCGCCGCCUCACACGUGGAAGACCAGGUUCUGCAGUUAGACGGGCAAAAGUCCAUGGAGACCCUGCCUGGAGGCCUGAGCAUCAAGAUUAGACCUGCCAGCACUGCCUAACGGAUUGCUGAGGAUCAGAUGAGGUAUUUAGGUGUUCAUAUAAACGAAUCAAGAUAACCAACCAUGUCUGUCCCCGAGGAAGACCUGUGUCACCACAUGAAAGUAGUUGUUCGUGUGCGUCCUGAGAACACAAAGGAAAAGGCAGCUGGAUUCCAUAAAGUGGCCCAUGUUGUGGAUAAGCAUAUUCUAGUUUUUGAUCCCAAACAACAAGAAAUCAGUUUUUUCCGUGGAAAGAAAUCUGGAAAUCGAGAUAUUACAAAGAAACAAAAUAAGGAUCUUAAGUUUGUAUUUGAUGCUGUUUUUGAUGAAACUUCAACUCAAUUAGAAGUUUUUGAACACACUACUAAGCCAAUUCUUCGGAGUUUUUUGAAUGGAUAUAAUUGCACAGUACUUGCAUAUGGUGCCACUGGAGCUGGGAAGACCCACACGAUGCUAGGAUCAACUACUGAACCUGGAGUGAUGUAUCUAACCUUGUUAGACCUUUACAAAUCCAUGGAUGAGAUUAAAGAAGAGAAAAUAUGUAGUACCGCAGUUUCUUAUCUGGAGGUAUAUAAUGAACAGAUUCGUGACCUCUUAGUAAAUUCAGGGCCACUUGCUGUCAGGGAAGAUGCCCAAAAAGGGGUCGUUGUUCAGGGGUUGACUUUACAUCAGCCCAAGUCCUCAGAAGAAAUUUUACACUUGUUGGAUAAUGGGAACAAAAAUAGGACACAACAUCCUACUGAUAUGAAUGCCACAUCUUCUCGUUCUCAUGCUGUUUUCCAGAUUUAUUUGCGACAACAAGACAAAACAGCAAGUAUUGAUCAAAAUGUCCGAAUUGCCAAGAUGUCCCUCAUUGACCUGGCCGGGUCUGAGAGAGCCAGUGCUACCAGUGCUAAAGGGACCCGGUUCAGAGAAGGUACAAAUAUUAAUCGAUCACUUCUGGCUCUUGGGAAUGUCAUCAAUGCUUUAGCAGAUACAAAGAGAAAGAAUCAGCAUAUUCCUUACAGAAAUAGUAAGCUCACUCGCUUGUUAAAGGAUUCUCUUGGAGGCAACUGUCAAACUAUAAUGAUAGCUGCUAUUAGUCCUUCCUCUAUGAGCUACGAUGACACAUAUAACACUCUUAAGUAUGCUAACCGUGCAAAGGACAUUAAAUCAUCUUUGAAGAGCAAUGUUCUGCACCUUGACAAUCAUAUAACUCAGUAUGUGAAGAUCUGUAAUGAGCAGAAGAAAGAGAUUUUAAUGUUAAAAGAAAAACUAAAAGCCUAUGAAGAACAGAAGGCCAUGACUGAGGAAAAUAACCAAGCACAGUUAAUGAUUUCAAAUCCUCAAAAAAAAGAAAUUGAAAGAUAUCAAGAAAUACUGAAAUGCUUGUUCCAGAAUCGAGAAGAAAUUAGGAAAGAAUAUCUGAAGUUAGAAAUGUUACUUAAAGAAAAUGAACUUAAGUCUUUCUAUCAACAACAGUGCCAUAAACAGAUAGAAAUGAUGUGUUCUGAAGACAAAGUAGAAAAGGCCACUUGCAAACGAGAUCAUAGACUUGCAAUGUUAAAAACUCGUCGCUGCUACUUACAGAAGAAAAGGGAAGAAGAAUUGAAGCAAUUUGAUGAGAAUACUAAUUGGCUCCAUCGUGUCGAAACCGAAAUGAGACUCUUAGGUCAAAAUGGUGAUAUUCCAAAGGAACUCAAUAAAGAUCUUUAUUGUCAUCAUUUGCACCUCCAGAACAACGAUUUGAAAGCACAAAUUAAACAUGUGAUGGAUCUCGCUUGUCUUCAGGAACAGCAACAUAGGCAGACUGAGGCAGUAUUGAAUGCUUUACUUCCAACCCUGAGAAAACAGUACUGUUCAUUAAAAGAAGCUGGCCUGUCAAAUGCUGCCUUUGAGUCUGACUUCAAAGAGAUUGAACAUUUGGUGGAGAGGAAAAAAGUGGUUGUUUGGGCUGACCAAACUACUGAACCUGACAAGCAGAGCGAUCUACCAGGGGUUUCUAUGUUUAUGACCUUUCCACAACUUGCACCAGUUCAGACUACUUCUUGUUGCACAUCUUCAAGUGAAUCUAAUCUGCUUAACAUUCCUUCACAAAAAAGAACUCGAAGAAAACUAAUGUCUUCUCCAUUGAAAACAGAACCUACCCAGAAGUCUGCACUGUCUGAAAAUAUACAGCUCAAUGAUUCUUUCAGCAAAGAACUUCAGCCUAUUGUGUAUACCCCAGAAGACUGCAGAAAAGCUUUGCAAAAUCCAUCUACAGUGACCUUAUUAAAACCAUCGUCUUGUACUACGAGUGUUCAGGCCGCCGGCUCAAAUAUAUACAGUGAGAAUUCUCUGAAAAUGUCAUCUGAAGUAGAUCUACCUGUUAUCAGGAGAAAAGAAUAUAGACAGGAGGAUUUGGACUCCAUGUUUACUAUAUGUGAAGACACCGGGAGAUUGAACAGCAAAUUACCUGAGCAACAGUCGGUAUCAAACAAUAACAUUGUACAAAGUUCUGCAGCAAAUACUUUAACCGCUGAGGAAAAUUCUGGAUUUGCCAAACGUAUUCGACAAGAUAAUUCAAGCAAUAAGCACUUACAAGAAAACGGACCAGCAGUGGAAUAUAAAAGAAACAUCCAUAAAGUAAAGCCAAACAUGGUCAGAAAGUUUGGAAGAAGCAUUUCAAAAGGAAAUCUAAGAUAAAUCACUUCAAAAUCAACAGACAUUAAAUGGACAGCUCUGCUUUUAAGAGGGUUUCUUACCAGCACCCUUGCAGAAACGUACUUCAAGUUUUUGAAGAAGACCAUCUUAAAACUAGUUUUACCCAAAUAGCUUCAGCAAGCAGAACAUGAAAUUCCUUCACUCUUAUUCUUUGGUAUUCUAAGCAACUAAACAAUUUUAACAGAAAAGGUUAUGUUUUAAGUUUCUAAAAUAUUGGCUACCUUUUAAAAUCCCUACGUCAUCAUGGUGGUAGCUCAUUUUUGCUAUUUUGCAGCAGGUUGAUUAGGAUAUUUUAGAAAACGAUAGUGAGUUAAAUGUCAUUACUGCUUUUUGAAAAUCAGGAGAAGUUAGAGGUGAUAAAAUUAUGGCCCGGGAUGUAUUUGGUCUUACAUUAUUUUAAUCAUAUAUGUGACCUCUUUGCUAAAAUAUUUUGAUGUUCAAAUGUACAUAUAUGUUCCCAUAAAG